GUCUUACAAAAAGUGUCUUACUGUCUUUGACGUUUGCUGGUUUAGUUGGCCAAGGCCGCGAUCCCACAGAUUUGGCAUUCCGCCGGUGCUGUCCAUAUUAAUAUAAAAAGUCACUUAGGAGAAACCUUCUGUUAUCAUAUAUAGGAUAAACACUGCUCCCUGAAACUCCUUGCUUUUAUUUCCCUGUCGGAGGACAGAUCAGUAAGGGCUGCAAGAAAAGCAUUAGGGAUAGACUAGGGGUACCGUUCUGGGCUGAAAGCCCUGUUGCUGUCGGUCAGCCUAGACGACAUGGGGCCGAAGGGUCAGUCAGGAUUACCAUCGGCUGGUCGAGGACAGCAGCAGCAGCUGCCUCAGCCACAACAGAAACACCAGAUCCAGCAGCCUGGCCGCUUGCCAGCGGCUAAGGGGCCGGGUCUGCAGGAUGACGCUCGAUCCAACGCCUCCGGGGACGACGAUGUCCCGUUACCUUUGGUGGAUCAAAAGUAUCUAUCCGACAAGAAGUUUGCAGAGUUUUCCGUUUCUCCUAACAGCAAAAGGGCGCUGGCUGAGGUCCUGAAGUACGAGCGCUGCUCGCUGGUGCAGGCCGCUGCCAUUCCGGUGUGCCUGGGGCCAGAGGACGUGAUCGCCAAAGCCAAAACCGGCACGGGGAAGACGCUGGCGUUUGUCAUCCCCACCAUUGAGAAGGUUCUCGCUCGCCGCGCCCCCCCGGGCAAGGUGUCGGCGCUGGUGCUGAGCCCCACACGCGAGCUGGCCCGGCAGAUCCAGGCGGAGACGCACAAGAUGCUCACCUUCCAUCCUGGACUGCACUCAAUGGUGGUGUACGGCGGCGUGGACGUGAAGAAGAACCUGAACGCCAUCCGGCAGCGCACGCCGGACAUCCUCAUUGCCACGCCGGGCCGCUGCUGGGACAUCAUGACGCAGUCGCAUGAUCCCGCCUUCAACAAGCUCCUUGACUCUACCCGCGUGUUGGUUCUGGACGAGGCCGACAACCUGCUGGACAUGGGCUUCCGGCCGCAGAUCUCCAAGAUCCUGGCCGGGCUGCCUCCCACCACGCAGCGCCAGACCUUCCUCUUUUCCGCCACCUUCCCCGCGGACGUGAAGAGCCUGGCGGACGUGGCGCUGAAGAAGCAGCACCGCUACGUGGACGCGGUGGGCGAGGACGUGGCCACGCACACGCACGUGGAGGCCAGCAGCCUGGUGGUGCCCAAGCCCGACCUGCCGCAGCAGCUGCUGUGCCUGCUGGCGCAGCACAUGGCGCAGGAGCCGGAGUACAAGAUCAUUGUCUUCCUGCCCACCGCCAACCUCACCGCCUUCUUUGCUGAGGCUUUCACCGCGGCGGGAGUCAAGGGCGUCGUGGAGAUCCACAGCCGCAAGAGCCAGCCCCAACGUGACCGUGCUUCGGCGCAGUUCCGGUCCGAGUCCCGGCUGAUUCUCUUCAGCUCGGAUGUGUCGGCACGUGGCGUGGACUACCCCAAUGUUUCAUAUGUCGUGCAGUGCGGCGCCCCCAGCAACCGCGAGCAGUACAUCCACCGCGCGGGUCGCACCGGGCGGGCGGGUCGCGCGGGUCAGUGCACGCUGCUGCUGGCGGACUUCGAGCUCCCCUUCCUGGCCCGACUCAAGGACCUGCCCAUUCAGCAGCUCGAGAAGCUGCAGCCGCCGCUGCAGCCGCCGGCGGGGGGUGUGAUCCCGGCCCCUUUAGCUCGUGACCCCGCCACCACCCUCGCCAACGUGGCAGGCCGGAUCGACUAUUCCACCCGCGCUCGCGCCUACCAGAGCUUCCUGGGCUACUACAAGAGCCACGAAGUACUCAAGUUCCGGCCGGAGCAGAUCGUGGCCCUUGCCAACGACUACGCCCGGGAGCUGCUGGCCUGCCCCACGCCGCCCGGCCUGCUGGCCAAGACGGUGGGGAAGAUGGGGCUCAAGGGCGUGCCGGGAAUAGUCAUCGUCAAGGAGGGGGAGCGCGAUCGGCCGCCGCCUCCACCUCCUGCAGGGCCCCAGCCACCGCCGGAGCGUGCCGCGGCGGCUGCGGCGGCAGCUGCCAUGGCGGGCACCUCGGCGCGCAGCGGCAGCGCCCGCAGCGGAGGAGCACCGCAGCAGCAGCAAGACGGCCCUGGAGCUGCGGGGGCUUCCGGCCGCGAGACCAAGAAGGCUGAAGCUAACGUGCCACAGGCUAGGCAGGGUCAGGCUGCCGCCACCGCAGCUGUCCAGCAGCAGAACCCUGCGGACCGUCGCAACCCCGGCCAGCAGGCGGGUGUCAAGGGACCUGGAGGCCCGACACAGGCGGCACCAGGCGGCAACAGCACCGUGGGCGCUGCCGGCCGGGGAACACAGCCGCAGCAGCAACAGCCGCUGCCGCAGCAAGAACAGCAGCAACGUCGGCAGCAAAGUGCACGUGGCCCGCAACCUGAUUCGCAGCCACAGGCACAGGUGCAGGUGCAGCCAGCGGCUGGACAAAAGCCGCCACAGCCGCUACCGCAACAGCAGCCAUCCCAGCAGAGCGCCCGGGCACCCUAUACCGCAGCGGCUCCUCCUCAGCAGCAGCAGCAGCCGGUGGCGGUGGCGGAUGCCAACGCAGGGGCAGCUCGCGCGCUGCCUUCCGUCCCGGGAACGACGGCAGCAGCAGCAGCAGCACCUGUCGAGGCUGAUCCCGCGCUGCCGCCCGGCUUAGCGCCCCCGGCUGCCGUGCCCGCAAUCCCUGCACCGCUAACAGAACUGGCGUUGCACAUGCACAACCUGCAGCAAUCCGCUCCCGGACAGUUCCUCGUCGGCUACGGCAGCCAGGUCGGCGCCGGCGCCAGCCUGCCUGUGACGGGGCCCGCGCUUGGCGCGCCCAACGUCAUGCAGGCCAGUGCUGCACCCUACCAGCUGCCGGCGGUGCCGGCCUGGAACCCCCAGCAGGCGAUGGCUGCACCCAAGACCGCCGUCCCCGCUGCCGCUGCAGGGGAGGCGGCAUACAGGUCGUCGCAGACGAUCGAGAUGCCCCUCACGGUUGCUGCUCUGGAGCUACACCAGCAACAACAGCUGCAGCUGCAGCAGCAACAGCGCUACGCAGCAUACCAGCAGCAGCAGCAGCAACAACAGUACGCUGCCGCAGCAGGGAACAGCAUGGACGCCCAAGUGGCUGCGCGCUUGGAGAGCCUGACGCAGCAGCAGCUGCAGCAGCUGCAGCUUCAACAAGCGCCGCAACAGGAGCUGCCGUACCAGCAGCAGCAACCCUACGGCGGCCUGUCUCCGGCUGACCAGGGGCCCUCAGCAGCUGCGGCCAUGGCGGCGGCUGCGGCGGCUAUCAGCGGCCAACCGUUCCCCGGCGCAGGCAUGGGCGGUGGUCAAGCAGCCAACGGAGGCGCGCAGGCCGGAUUGCCGCAAUCGACAGCAGCCGAGUUUGCUGUGCUUGCGGCGAUGCUGGGGGUACCGCCUGGUUACGGUGCGCUGUCGUCCCAGCAGCAACAGCAGUUAUUGCAGCAAAUGCAGCACCAGCAAAGGGCACAAACUGUGACACCGCUGCAGCAGCAACAGCAGCUUCAGCAACAACAGUACCAGCAACAGCUGCAGCAGCAGCAGGUCCAACAGCAGCAGGAACUGCAGCCGCAUAUUCAGCAACAGCAGCUGCAACAGGUUCAACAGCAGCAGUUACAGCAGGAAGCCAUGCAGCAGGUGGCCUCGUCCGCAUCGUCCGGUCAGCAGCAGGCAUUCCCGCAACAACAGCAACAGCAGCAGGUCCUGCAGUUCGCGCAUGCCCAAGCCGCAGCGAUGGCUGGCUUGUCUGCCGUCCCGAACAGGGCGCAGGCGCCUGGGGGGGCCGCGCCUGUCGCUGCCCAAACAGCCAACAACACCCUUCCCUAUCAAGGGGUCUCGUCGGUUGCAAAGGGUGCGUUCUCAGCUGGGUCUGGCCCCAGCCAGACCGCCCGUAGUGCCAGCGGAAGCCUGGACCCGAGCGCCGCUCUCCUGCAGAACCUAGCGGCACUUGGAGGGAUGUCGAGCAGCGUGCAAGCCACACCCGCUGCAGCUUCUUCCUCCGCAGCGGCGGCGGCAGCAGCAGCAGCAGCAGCCGGAACAUUAGGCCAGGGGCCCCGUGGCAGUGGAGUCGCUGCAGGCACCGGCGCGGCGGUGGGGCCGUCGGGUGCAGCGCAGGUGCUGCCGCAACAGCAGCAGCAGCAGCGCGUGCAACAGCACAUGGGCUCCGGGGCCAGCUCUGGAGUGCAGAGCGGAGGUCCUGGAUAUGCUGGAGGCCGGCACCAGAGCCUUACGUCGUCCUCAACUGCCCCUCUGAGUGGUCAGUCUGGGCCCACUCAGACACAACAUGGCCACGCCGGUCGGCCUCAAUCCGCAACCGGCCAGCAAGGUUCGGGAGGAGCUGCGGCCAUGCAGCACCCUGGCAGUGGUCGCGUGGGAGCCCCCGGCGGCAGCGGCCCAUCUGCGGGUGUGGGGCGCGGCGGCGGCGGUUCUGCCAACCAGGCAGGUGGGGCCGCAGGAGCUGCCGCCAGCACCGGAGGAGCGACGCGCUGGUGGCAUAAGCCGCAGCUCAAGGAGCAGGCGGCUGAGAUUACGGAGCGCGUCGCUGGGUCGGGCGGUAGCAAGACGGCGGGGCCAGCUGCAGCAGCAGCUGCUGCUGCAGGCGGCAAUGCUGAUGGCGCGUCAUCGCAAGGUGGACUUAAGCAGCCGCAGCAGCCAAUCCAGCAAAGCGUGGCGGGAGCGCCAGGCGCCGGCGGGCUCGCCACGAGUGCGAACGGGCUGGCAACUGGCGGGCGCAUGGGACAACAGCAGCAGCAGCAGUUCAUACAGGCUGGAAGGGGCAUGGGCGGGGCUGCGGUUGCCGCCGGGCCGGGAGGAGCGGGCGGAGGUAUGGGUACAUCAGCCUCCGCAGGCAGCACCGGUGGUCGUGGCGCAAAGCCUGGCCCCGGCCCCACAGCCGCGUCUUCCGCCGCUGCUAUGAUGGUGGAUGCAAAGGUCAAACAGCAGCAGGUUAACGUCGUACAGGCUCAGGCGCAAGCUCAGGCGCACGCCCUCCUACAGCAGCAGCAGGCGGCGCAGCACCAGCAACUGCUGUUGCAGCAGCAGAUGCUGCAGUACGGUGCUGGGAUGACGAACCAGCAGGCCAUGGGCCAGUAUUACGUCGUCGCGCAACCCUCCUUGGCGGCGGUGUCGCACCAGCCCGCGGCCAUGUACGCCGGAGCUCUACACCCGCAGCAGCAACCACAGCUGCAGCCACUGACGCCGGCACAGCAGCAGCACCUGUUGCAGCAGCUGACGCCCAUGCAGUUGCAGCAGCUGCAGCACCUUUCUCCGGCGCAGCAGCAGUGGUACUUGCAGCAAAUGGCUCAGUCAGAGUACAAGCAGUAACAGAAGGGUGCUGCUGAAAGGCUUGACGCCUUGUUGUGGCGCCGCAACAUCAAGCUUGUAGUUGGCAAUAUCCAAGGUGGAAGGCAUGUGUUCUAGGGUCCCGAGUGGUGUAGGGCCAGGUCGGGUUGUGAGGCGCACCUAGCUGUAGGCACUUGGCCAUGUAGAGUAGUCGCGUACGUGGCCUUGGAAGCUCAAUAGCCUGGGUUACGUUGAUUUCUCAUGCCCGCAGCUAAACAUGUCUCGGGCAUUGUCCCGUAGAUUGCGUACUCUCAUGCAGGAUGCCCGGGAUUGUUGUGGCUGGUAGAUCAGGUCCUCGGUACAUGUUUACAGCUGUAGGUUUGCACGUCUAAAUGGCGCACAAGUUGAUAAGCCCGCAACCCUGGAUAGGUCCGCGGGAUGCAGGAUGGCAAGGCGCCAGCCGUAAGAGCUCCCGGGGGGGCCGUAACAUUGGCCACUUGCCUUUUGCGCACCUCUUAUGUCAUGCAUGCAUUGCUCGUGUGCCGCCACGACAGCUGGUCUAGUUCGUAAUUGGCAGAGUGUGCACUGAGACUGGGCCCGUAGCCUGAACGCUUGUGGCAGGAGGGUUAGGUGUUUUGGUCAAAAUAUGGCACCCGCAGAUGGGCCUGUUUAGACCAUUCCGGAGCCCCAUUGCGUUGGAGGAUUGCUGAAUUAGUUAUAGUUGCUCUUUGCGCUUCCGUUGUGGCCUUGCAUGCAGCUUAUGCCCGGCCUGUUCAUUGCGGGGAUAAUGGCAGCGCGCAUGUUCCUCAUAACGGCAUAAAAGUGGCUUUUUGGUGUUAGGUAUGCGGCGCUAGUCCAAGAUAUUUUACGUCUUCAUGAGACGGUCUCCACUUGCACAUGAGCUUGUGUUUUGUAUCACCCGUAUGGGAGUGAAGCGGUGGAACGUAGCCGCUAUGCGAUGCACGGCUUGCCGAACGGCCUUCCUAGCUUGUGUCUUUCCUAGCUGUGAAACGAGCACGCCGCGGCUGUGACGUCGUUGCUUCCCGGCACCGUAAAGUGAGUCCAUGCAGGCAUGCACCGAGCCGCCCUGUAAAGCGCGCACGCGCACAACACAGCUGGACGGCCGAUGUAUGUUAGCUGUGUAGGACAGAGGUAGCCGAAGCAGGCGUAGAUGUAUGUGUAGCCUUUGCUGAUCGGCGUUGCGCAAGUGGCUCGUGGCAGGAGGUCUGGGUUAGCUCCCGUCCGCCGUGCCUUGCUGAUCGGGCAGUGCGUCGGCUACGGUUCCUUCUUGGUUUCGGACUCUUUGGCAGCAACGGAUGGUGUUGGUGAGCAGCGUUGGAGUGGAGUAGCGUUGUAGGCUACCUGAUUUGAGUUGCUUUGCUCAGGGGUUUGCUAUAUAAAAAUCGCCUAAAGGACAAACGAGGACAUUGAGCGUUACCGGUAUUACCAUUUGCUUUGGAACUACAGUGCCGGCCGCAUCCUGCGCUUUAUCGCCAGCCGUGUAGCAGCCAAGCACAACUCCA